AUGAGCAAGAUUCCAAUAAGUAACAAUAGUUGUUUAUAUUAUGGAGAAUAUAAUUAUUUAGAAAAUAUAAUACUAAGAUUUUUUUAUUUGAUGAAAGAUACUGUUGAAGCCAGGCUCUUAAAAAUUACUGAAUUUAUCGAGAUGGAGAUCAUUGUUGAAAAAGAAAAAUGGAAAGGCUUUGAGAUUGAAGAAAUUUUAAUUAAAAUUGCUUUUCAUUUAAAUCUAAAAGACAUAUUCAUAGUUUUACUUGCAGACAAAAAUACUUACCAAUUGAUAAUAUCUCACAUUUAUAAUAAUCAAAAUUUUUGGUGA